CCGCCUCUACGCCUUUUUAUAUGCUACGCCUUUUCCCAGCCGCCUCUUCCUCCUCCUCCUCUUUCUCCCAACCACCCAUCCCCUCCUUUGCUCGCGCGCCCUCCUCACCUUCCUCCGCUACCACCACCUUCGCCUCUCCGUCGCUCCCGCGCCCUCCUCUCCUCCCUCCGACACUACCCUCUCCGCAUUGCUGUGGAUCACGACCACGGUCACUAUCUCCAGGAAGAGCCUGGACCCCACGGAGGUCCUGGACCUGAGAAGCAAGAAGCGCUUCCCCCAUGGAUAUCCAGGUGGACACCAAGGCUGGGAUGGAGAUCGAGAGCUUCAAGUCGAAGCAAGGCUGGGAUGGAGAUCGAGAGAUUCAAGUUGAAGUGGAAUGGGAUUAGGGUUUCGUGUACUAGAUUCCACAACGCAAUCACGAACGACUAUGGACAAGAUAAGAGGGCUUCACUUGCUGGAGUACUUUGUAAAUCGCUGUCACCAAAUUGGGUAGGUGAGCUGUGAAGCAUGGAUCAAAAGGGGUGACCCAAAGGAAGUUAUCUGCAGCGAGGUGAAGAUGGUCCACCCUGAUAUGUUGGUUCUCGGAUGUCGUGGCCUCGGACCUUUCCAAAGGUGACAUGGACGAGGAGUUGGUAUUUGGGCUCGAUGGGAGGACGAUCUAGCUAGUCGGCAGUAGCGACCGUCACUCUAGUUAUAUUUCUUCCCGUAUUUAGUUGUUGUUAAUAAUAAAUGGUUCAGUUAGAUGUUUGAAUGUUUGUGAUUUUCGU